GAGAGGGCAGGCGCUGCAGCUCGCGCGCGACGCCAUCGCGGCGACCAGCGACGACGCGAGGCGUCGCAGGUGCCACGCGCGCGCCCGACCACGACCGCUGCGGCUGCUGAGCUCGUUGCCGGGGCUGCCCCGCCACAACAGCACGACCAUGGACUCCGGCCUGAGCAGCGCCUACAGCAGCGCCUACAGCAGCGCCCAGAGCAGCGCCUACAGCAGCCUCGCGAACACGCCCCGGGAACUCAGCCGGGUGGAGGCAAAGGACGCCACUAGAGACCACCGCCUCGCCCCGAGUGGCCGCGACCACUUGAGUGCCGUGCAGCACGGCGCGCGCCUGCCGAGGCGUCAUGAAAAGCGCAACCGCGAGCUGAAAGGGCGCCCGCGGGUGCGCCGAACUGGGGGCGGCUCCGGCGGGUCCGGCGGGUCUGGUUCCGGCGGUUCCGGCAGCUCGCGCGGGUCGCCGGCGGGAUCGCCACUCCGUCGCCACGGGUCCGUCGUGAAGUUCGACGACUCGCUCGACGAGCUUUUUGAAUUUGAGGACCGGCCGCAUUUGGAGAGGGCCUCGUGGGCGACGCCGCAGUAUUUACCUACUGGUGUCAACUUCAUAAAUCCGCAGGGGCGGCGACGGCCGUUGAUGAGGAAGCGCCCCCAGACGCCGGAAGAACGCUACGCGCCCGUCCAGGACGAGUCCAGUUACUCCAUAUCGACACGUGUCAAAUGGAAGCCGAGCUGGUCGACCAUCGAUUCUUCGCUCGUGAGUUCGGGCGCGGCGACGAUCCGAGGUCGACGGGGCCUUGAAGAGUUGAGACGGAUGCGAGAGAGGCAAUCGGUAAGGGACGCGAAGGCCGCCGAUGAAAGAGAAGUGGAAGCGGAUAUCGUGGUCAAGACGUCCAAGGUCGCGCAGCACCUCAUGCAUUUGAGGGCACAGGCCAAGGAACUCGAUAUCCAGGCGCAGGUCGACGCCUGGCACGCGCGGUCGCCGAACAAGCGGUUGAUCGGGUCUGGUUUAUUUGAUGUGGAUGUCUUGGGCCAGAACUGCUUUGGGUUGACUCAGGACGAUAGCCCUCCGGAGGUCUACGACAUGGCGCCGGCGCCGGCGCUUGCGCCGGCGCCCGCGCCGCGAAAGCGAAUGUUUUCCAUGCAGAAAGGCCGAACUCGCUUCGCCACCCCAGAGCACGUCUGGAAGAAGAAGGACUGGGCCGAGCAGGAACAGGCCUUCAAGCGGCGCGUCGGGAUUACUAUUGGGCCGCGGGCCAAGACGUCUUAUGUGCCUCGGGCUUCAUCACGGAAGUCUGUUAGAGGCGGAGAGAAGUCCAACGUCAUGGACAAGCUCGCCGAGCAGGUCGCGCUGGCGAAGGCGUCCGUCGGCAAGACUGAUCCAAGAACGGGCGAAGCGCUUGUGUACUACGGCACGGAGCGGCCGACGACGUACUAGUGUUAA